UGCUUGGAGGCACCAUGAUUGGCCAGGACCUGAACCAUCUCCGGCUUCGGUUAGCCUGGACGACGAAAUCAAACAAACAGCGACCAACUCAUUAACUCACUGUUCAAUAAUGUAUAGAUCCUAUUACUCUUUUCCAUCUUGAAGGCUGCAUACAAGUGGAAACUAUGUAUUUAUCAUUUUCCAUUAAAAUAAAAUAAAAGUCAUUGCUGUUUAAGUAUGGGCUAACUAGAUUAGCUAACGUUAGUUCUGCCUAACAGACGAAUUAAAACCAGCACUCACCACCAACCGUCGUCGGUCUUGAUGUGACAGCAGGGAGUUUUUCCUGUUUGUAAGCCUGCCAAGUUUUGUAGUUGUAUAACGUAACGGACAAAAACAUUAAAAGGAAAAUGUGCCUCUGCGGGUCUCCGGUGCAGCUGAUCAUUUAAUUUAAACCUCACGUGUAGCAUCAAAACACUGCUUGUUCUUGUAUGCACAGCUUUUGACAGUGCAAAUUCGAGGUUGGUGUGCUCGCCGACCUUUUUUUUAUAAUGCUGAUUUGAAUACUUGUUAAUUCUGAGCGAAGUCAGUGCUUUCAUUUAUUAUCAUUAAAGCCAAAAGAUGCCUGCAGUGUUGGACUAAAAGAAUUAUGAUUGUUUUAUUAUGUUUGUAAACCAAGUACUUUACGGCGCUCUUUACCCAUGAACCAUAAAACCAAUUCCUUCGUUUUGUACCGGGGCAUUGUGGGUACUGAAGUUUGGUGGUGUCACAUUUUAGAUCCAGCAUGGCAGGGAAACAGAAAAGAAAAUUAGAAGACCUCAGUUUGGAUGAGUUCCUGCUCUCAGGUUUUGACUCUGCCGGUGAAGGUGAAUCUGAGGAAGACACUCCCAAACAGAAUGGACUCAAGAAAAAGAACAAGCAGAAAGAUUUGAACUCUGCAGCUCCCCAGACUGAUGAAAAAAAGAAAGGUAAGGCCUCUGAGCACAAGGAGCAGCUUUCCAGGUUAAAGAAUAAAGAUCCCGAGUUCUACAAGUUUCUGCAAGAGAACGACAAAACGCUCCUAAACUUUGACGACGCAGACAGCUCUGAGGAGGAGGAUGAGAAAAAGUACCACAGAUUGCCAUCCACACUGGAGGAGGCCAGCUCUGGUGAGGACGAUGACGAUGAGGAGGGUCAGAAAGGUUCGAAGAAAUCCAAGAAAUCAGUGGAGACCAUCAAAGUCACAGACAAAAUGAUUGAGGCCUGGAAAGCUGCUAUGAGGAAGGAACCCACAUCCCGUCUCUUCAGAGAAGUCACCCAGGCCUUUAAGGCCGCUGUAGCUACUACCAAGGGUGAAGGAGGGGGUCAGUGUCGAUACAAAGUGGCGGACAGUUCAGUGUUCAACGCCUUGGUGCUGUUCUGUAUCAGGGAUAUUUAUAUUUCCCUGCAGAGGAUGCUCAACCUAAAGCCAGAGAAAGACCAGAAAAAGUCAGUGCUCCCGUUGUCUAGUCCAAAGUGGCAGAAGAAUCAGAUCGACAUCAAGAUGUAUCUCAGUGGAGUAGUUCAGCUGUUAUCCUGUCUAACAGAGGCUACAGUCAUCAGCGCUGUCCUGCGGCAUGCCAACCAGCUCGUACCUUAUUACCUUUGUCUACCCAAACAGUGUCGGCACCUGGUAAAGCAACUGAUGAAGCAGUGGAGCACAGGGGAGGAAACAAGUCGGGUUCUCGCCUUCCUGGCCCUCAACAAAAUCUGCCGACAAAAGCAGGAAACAUAUCUUAACCCUAUUCUCAAGCAAAUGUACAUUUCGUAUGUACAAAACUGCAAGUUCACGUCUCCCAAUGCACUGCCCAUGAUCAACUUCAUGCAGCGAACUCUAACAGAGAUGUACUCCCUGGACACACAGGCCACGUACCAGCACGCCUUCAUCUACAUCCGACAGCUGGCCAUCCAUCUCAGAAACGCCAUGACCAUGAAGAAAAAGGAGACAUAUCAGUCGGUGUAUAACUGGCAGUACAUCCACUGUCUGUACCUCUGGUGUCGCGUCCUCAGCACCUUGCACCCCAGUGAUGUUCUCCAACCUCUCAUCUAUCCACUCUGCCAGGUCAUAAUUGGCACCAUCAAAUUGGUUCCCACAUCAAGAUAUUACCCUCUGAGGAUGCACUGUUGCAGAGCCCUCACCCUGCUGUCUAGCAGCACCAACACAUUUGUACCUGUGCUGCCUUUCCUCUUGGAGAUCUUCCAACAAGUGGACUUCAACAAGAAGCCAGGGCGAAUGAGCAAGAAACCCAUCAACUUUGCAGUCAUCCUGAAGCUAAGCAAAGUCAACCUGAUGGAGAAAGCCUACAAGGACGGACUGAUUGACCAGCUGUAUGACCUGAUACUGGAAUACUUCCACACUCAGGCCUGCACCAUUGGCUUCCCAGAGCUUGCCUUACCCACCGUCAUUCAGCUGAAAGCGUUCCUGAAGGAAUGCAAAGUGGCCAAUUACUGCAAGCCGGUGCGCCAGCUGCUGGAGAAGGUACAGGAGAACAGCAGCCACAUCACAGGACGGAGACAGAAGGCUGCUUUUGGAGUAGCUGAUGCCAUGGCUGUGGCGGCCUGGGAGAAGCAGGUCCAGGAGGAGGGGACUCCUCUCAGCAGGUACUACAGCCAUUGGAAGAAGCUGAGGGAGAAGGAGAUCCAGCUGGAGAUUUCUGGCAAAGAGAGGAUGGAGGAUCUGGACCUCCCUGAAAUCAAACGUAAGAAGAUUCAGGAGAAGAAAGCAGAGGACAAGAAGGAGUUCAAGGAUCUGUUUCAGUCUGAUAGCGAAUCAGAUGGUGAUGAUGGAGGGUUCCAAAUCAAAGGUAAAAAGGGCAGCCGUGGGUCAGAUGAAGAGGAUGAUGAUGAUCUUGAAGACCUGUCUGACAUGAGCGAUGACGAGGGGAUGGAUGGAGGAGACUCAGAUGAUGACGAGGAUGAUGAUGACGAGGAGGGUGAAAAGGCGUCCAAGGCUCCUCAACCACUGUCCUCCUCUGCUCUGAUAAAGCUGGCAGAGGGAGACGAGGAUCUGGUGGAGGACCUGGAGCUGUCAGAUGAUGACUGAGGUUCAUGGGAGCACACACUCGAGCUUACCGGAAAGACUUUUUAUGCUCUCCACCUUACCAGCCAUCUAUAUUUACACUUUUUUUGGAUUUUUUUUU